CCCAUACACACACACAGACUCAGCCAGGGCGAGGCAGAGCUCAGAGUUUUCCUGCAGAAGGAAACUUUCUGUCCUCAGUUCGUCGUGUUUUUGGUUCUACUUUGGACUCGAUGAUUGAGGACCCAGUCGUCAUGGUGACCACUGAGACCCACCAGAGCCAGGACCUGCUGGUCCCCUCCCAGGACCAGGACCAGAACCAGAACCUGGACCAGGCCUCACCCUCAUCCCCUCUGGCAGGAUUUGACCCCGAGACGAUGAGUCAAGGUCCCGUCAACGCCAUCACGGUCCUGACCCUGCUGGACAAACUGGUCAACAUGCUGGACGCCGUGCAGGAGAACCAGAACAAGAUGGAGGUGCAUCAGAUGGAGAUGGAGGGCGUGGUCAGAGGGAUACAGGCUGACAUGACGAAGCUGUCUAAGAGCCACAGUCACACUUCCAACACUGUCAGCAAACUGCUGGACAAGAGCCGUAAGCUGUCAGUCACCAUGAAGGAGGUACGGGAUAAGAUGGAGCGGCAGGGCAUCCAGGUAAAGAAGCUUGAGGCAAACCACGCCCACCUGAUCAACAGGAACAACUUCAAAGUGCUCAUCUUCCAGGAGGAGAAUGAGAUCCCCUCCACCGUCUUUGUUAAGGAUCCUCCUCCGUUCCCGCGUGAUGAGGUCAUAGAGGAAGGUGAUGAAUCAGCCGGCGUUGUUGAUGGAAACCGUUCCCAAGAGAGCGCGCUCCACACCAUCGACCUCUCAUCAGACGAGGAUGUGGGGCUGGACGCUGAGGUUGAGGAGGAGGAGCUCUGGCCUCAGGACCUGGAGAACAUGGAGAAGUCCAGAGCAGAGAAACUGAAGCGCUCCAGUCUGAAGAAGGUGGACAGUCUGAAGAAAGCGUUCUCCAAGCAGAACAUUGAGAAGAAGAUGACGAAGAUCGGGACAAAAAUUGUUUCAGCUGAGCAGCGAGAAAAGAUCAAACAAAGAACAUCCAGCCUGAAGGUUUCACCUUUGACCUUCAGUAUCAGGAAGCCUCGCAGUAGCUCUGACUCCAGACCCCCUGACUCCUCCCCCCAGCCUGCGGAGGCCGUCCCCGCCGAGGCUGAGGUCCAGCUGUCCCCAUUGAGCAUGGACCAGGACCUCCCUUUCACUGAGGUCCACGCCCAGCUGGCUCCUCUGGACCAGGAGAAGGAGGAGGAGGAGGAGGAGGUGAAGGCAGAGCAGGAGGUGAAGGAGGAGGGGGAGGAGGGAGGGCAGGAGGAACCGGAGCUAGAGAAGCAGGUGGAGGAACAUGAGGAGGCGGGCGGUGAGGAGGCGGAGCUCUCUGUGAUGUCAGAGGGCGUUGAUGUGGCGUACGCUCUGUCGUCCACGCUGCCUCAGGAGGAGAAAGGAGGAGCUGAGGAGGAGCGAGAGGAGGAACCCUAGAUGGUCCUGAUGAUGUUGGAUGGUUCUUCUAGAGUCAUCAGCUGUUCUGUUAUUGAUUAUUGAUUAUUGAUCCCUACUCAUGUUUCAUAUUAAAGCUUAUCAGAUUAACACGGCGCUCUACAAACACUCAUCUACAAACAGGAAGUGGUCAGGAAACCAGGAUGUUGGCUCGAGGUCAAACCUUGGUAUGAAGUUUGAGAAGGUUAGUAUUAAAUUCUCAGACGGAUCAAAAACAACAAAAACAAAAGUUUGGAGAUUAGUGUUUUUACAGUUUAUGUUCCAGUUUAGAGCCAUGAUCAAUAAUCAUGUUCUAAUCAAUCACCAGCAUGUAACGGACCACGAGAGCCCGAUAAUCAACCCCACAGGGUUCUGUUAAAGAACUCGCUUAGGAACAUGGUGCUAGUCUCAGGAGGGUCCUCUGAUGGUCCUCAACGUUCUCUGAUCUUUCCAGCACGCAGUCCAGUUCCACUCAAUCUGGUUCAGUACAGAACUGUUUUCAUUUACACUGUUAAGUGUCAGAAGGGAACCAGAAUAGAGGACUAGUUCUGUCCUGGACCGAUACUGUCCUGGACCAGUACUGUCGUGGUCCUAGACUCAGUGUUGGCCUAAAACCCUGUCUACUGAUCAAGGGGACAAUGGCUGUGGAAACACCAAACCCAAACCAGACCGUUUGGUGAAUCCAUCUAAGGAGAACCUUGAAAGUUCCAGCAGGGCUUGAUUAGGGUUCUGUAAGGUUCCUAACCAACAUUCCCUCUCUGGUUGGUCUUAUAAGAGUCCAACAAGGUAUUUCUAACAUUCCCUGAAAAUUUGGUUCCUCUAACAUUCCACCAGUGUUCUCCUCUUAAGGUUUCCUUAGUUUCCACUCAGGUUUCACUAAAGUUCCCCAAACUGAUCCACCAUGUUGUUGUCAGUGUUCCUCUGAUGGCCUCCUGUUACAUCAUGAUGUUCUGUUCAAAAUUUCCUUCUGCUGUUGGAUGAGAUCUUUUACUUUCAAAUGUUUGAAUAGUCUGUUAGUUUUCCUCUGUCUGUAUAACCGAUUACACUGCUUAAUAACCACAGAGAAACAAAAGAUGAUGGUAUAUACACAGUCUGAGGGAUGGUAUAUACACAGUCUGACGGAUGAUAUUCACACAGUCUGAGAGAUGGUAUAUACACAGUCUGACGGAUGGUAUUCACACAGUCUGAGAGAUGGUAUACACACAGUCUGAGGGAUGGUAUAUACACAGUCAGACGGAUGGUAUAUACACAGUCUGAGGGAUGAUAUACACAGUGUCUGAGAGAUGGUAUAUAUACAGUCUGAGGGAUGAUAUACACAGUGUCUGAGAGAUGGUAUAUAUACAGUCUGAGGGAUGGUAUAUACACAGUCUGAGGGAUGAUAUACACAGUGUCUGAGAGAUGGUAUAUACACAGUCUGACGGAUGAUAUUCACACAGUCUGAGAGAUGGUAUAUACACAGUCUGACGGAUGGUAUUCACACAGUCUGAGAGAUGGUAUACACACAGUCUGAGGGAUGGUAUAUACACAGUCAGACGGAUGGUAUAAACACAGUCUGAGGGAUGGUAUAUACACAGUCUGAGGGAUGGUAUAUACACAGUCUGAGGGAUGAUAUACACAGUGUCUGAGAGAUGGUAUAUAUACAGUCUGACGGAUGGUAUUCACACAGUCUGAGAGAUGGUAUAUAUACAGUCUGACAGAUGGUAUUCACACAGUCUGAGAGAUGGUAUACACACAGUCUGAGGGAUGGUAUAUACACAGUCUGAGGGAUGAUAUACACAGUGUCUGAGAGAUGGUAUAUACACAGUCUGACGUAUGAUAUUCACACAGUCUGAGAGAUGGUAUAUACACAGUCUGACGGAUGGUAUUCACACAGUCUGAGAGAUGGUAUACACACAGUCUGAGGGAUGGUAUAUACACAGUCAGACGGAUGGUAUAAACACAGUCUGAGGGAUGGUAUAUACACAGUCAGAGGGAUGGUAUAUACACAGUCUGACGGAUGGUAUAUACACAGUCAGAGGGAUGGUAUACACACAGUCUGAGAGAUGGUAUAUACACAGUCUGAGGGAUGGUAUUCACACAGUCUGAGAGAUGGUAUACACACAGUCUGAGGGAUGGUAUGUACAUAGUCUGACGGAUGGUAUAUACACAGUCUGAGUGAUGGUAAAUACACAGUCUGAGGGAUAGUAUAUACACAGUCUGAUGGAUGGUAUACACACAGUCUGAGGGAUGGUAUAUACACAGUCUGAGGGAUGGUAUAUACACAGUCUGAGAGAUGGUAUAUACACAGUCUGACGGAUGGUAUACACAGUGUCAGGGAGAUGGUAUAUACACAGUCUGAUGGAUGGUAUAUACACAGUCUGAGGGAUGGUAUACACACAGUCUGAGGGAUGGUAUACACACAGUCUGAGGGAUAGUAUAUACACAGUCUGAGGGAUGGUAAAUACACAGUCUGAGGGAUAGUAUAUACACAGUCUGAGGGAUGGUAUACACACAGUCUGAGGGAUGGUAUACACACAGUCUGAGGGAUGGUAUACACAUGGUCUGAGAGAUGGUAUACACACGGUCGGAGUUAUGGUAUAUACACGGUUGGAGGGAUGGUAUAUACACGGUCGGAGGGAUGGUAUACCCACAGUCUGAGGGAUGGUUUAUACACGGUCGGAGGGAUGGUAUACCCACAGUCUGAGGGAUGGUUUAUACAUGGUCGGAGGGAUGGUAUAUACACGGUCGGAGGGAUGGUAUAUACACGGUUGGAGGGAUGGUAUACCCACAGUCUGAGGGAUGGUUUAUACAUGGUCGGAGGGAUGGUAUAUACACGGUCGGAGGGAUGGUAUAUACACGGUUGGAGGGAUGGUAUACCCACAGUCUGAGGGAUGGUAUACACAUGGUCUGAGGGAUGGUAUACACACCGUCGGAGUUAUGGUAUAUACACGGUCGGAGGGAUGGUAUACCCACAGUCUGAGGGAUGGUUUAUACAUGGUCGGAGGGAUGGUAUAUACACGGUCGGAAGGAUGGUAUACCCACAGUCUGAGGGAUGGUAUACACACAGUCUGAGGGAUGGUAUACACAUGGUCUGAGGGAUGGUAUACACACGGUCGGAGUUAUGGUAUAUACAUGGUCGGAGGGAUGGUAUACCCACAGUCUGAGGGAUGGUUUACACACAGUCUAAAGGAAUGGUAUAUACACGGUCGGAAGGAUGGUAUACCCACACUCUGAGGGAUGGUUUAUACAUGGUCGGAGGGAUGGUAUAUACACGGUCGGAGGGAUGGUAUAUACACGGUCGGAGGGAUGGUAUACCCACAGUCUGAGGGAUGGUUUAUACAUGGUCGGAGGGAUGGUAUAUACACUUGUCGGAGGGAUGGUAUAUACACGGUUGGAGGGAUGGUAUACCCACAGUCUGAGGGAUGGUAUACACAUGGUCUGAGGGAUGGUAUACACACGGUCGGAGUGAUGGUAUAUUCACGGUCGGAGGGAUGGUAUACCCACAGUCUGAGGGAUGGUUUAUACAUGGUCGGAGGGAUGGUAUAUACACGGUCGGAAGGAUUGUAUACCCACAGUCUGAGGGAUGGUAUAUACACGGUCGGAGGGAUGGUAUACUCACAGUCUGAGGGAUGGUAUAUACACGGUCGGAGGGAUGGUAUAUACACGGUUGGAGGGAUGGUAUACCCACAGUCUGAGGGAUGGUUUAUACAUGGUUGGAGGGAUGGUAUAUACACGGUCGGAGGGAUGGUAUACCCAUAGUCUGAGGGAUGGUACAUACACGGUUGGAGGGAUGGUAUACCCACAGUCUGAGGGAUGGUAUAUACACGGUUGGAGGGAUGGUAUACCCACAGUCUGAGGGAUGGUUUAUACAUGGUCGGAGGGGUGGUAUAUACACGGUCGGAGAGAUGGUAUAUACACGGUCGGAGGGAUGGUAUACCCACAGUCUGAGGGAUGGUAUUAAUACAUUCAGAGGCAGUCACAAUAAUGUUAUAUUUGGGUCAGAUGGAAGGUUUAAACAAGGUCAAGGUUACAUGGUGAAAGUAAGGGUAUGUAAUUAGUUGUUGAAAUAAUAGUAUAUAAAAUGUCACACUGAUGGUGCAUACCAGGUCAAACUGAUGAUAUAUUCCAGGUCAAACUGAGGGUAUAUACCAGGUCAAUGUGGCAGUAUAUACCAGGUAAAACUGAUGUUAUACACCAAGUCAAUGUGGCGGUAUAUACCAGGUAAAACUGAUGGUAUGUACAAGGUCAAACUGAUGGUAUAUACCAGGUCAAUGUGGCGGUAUAUACCAGGUCAAAGUGAUGAUAUAUACCAGGUCAAUGUGGCGGUAUAUACCAGGUCAAAGUGAUGAUAUAUACCAGGUCAAUGUGGCGGUAUAUACCAGGUCAAACUGAUGAUAUAUACCAGGUCAAUGUGGCGGUAUAUACCAGGUCAAAGUGAUGGUAUAUACCAGGUCAAUGUGGGGGUAUAUACCAGGUCAAAGUGAUGAUAUAUACCAGGUCAAUGUGGCGGUAUAUACCAGGUCAAACUGAUGAUAUAUACCAGGUCAAACUGAUGGUAUAUACCAGGUCAAACUGAUGGUAUAUACCAGGUCAAUGUGGCGGUAUAUACCAGGUCAAAGUGAUGAUAUAUACCAGGUCAAUGUGGCGGUAUAUACCAGGUCAAACUGAUGAUAUAUACCAGGUCAAACUGAUGGUAUAUACCAGGUCAAACUGAUGGUAUAUACCAGGUCAAACUGAUGGUAUAUACCAGGUCAAACUAAGGGUAUAUACUGACUUUUCUUUGUGAGAUCAAAUUUUUACCUGACUGUAGCUAUACUCUGUCAUCAUCUUUUGUUUGUUUAUGUUUACCUUUGUCAUUUUUAUUUUGAUGUAAACACUAUGUGAUGCCAAAGAACAUUUCCUGUGUGACUCAUGUUAUCUGUCUGCCUGUCAUUCACUGACCAGGUGUGUUAAUCACCUGAACACCACCAAAUAAAGGCUAGUUUGAGCACAGAA